AUGACGGUUGUGAGUCAACAGGAGGAGUCUCCACGGCAGUCUGACGAGACGGCAAGUGGCGAUGGCGUGGAUGUGCGCAACGCCCAGCCAGACCUGGAGGGGGCAUUUAAGGAGGUGGUGACGCGUUCCCUGGACGAGAUUCUUCAGAAGCGGCCGAAGGACCCUAUUCGGCUCCUUGCCGAUCGUCUGUUGGAAAAGAGUGACAGCCACGAAGUUGAACAACACGAGUGCCUGGUGGGAAACGCCAUCCGUUGCACACUGAAAAAGGCAUGCACGCGCAAAAAGGGGGCAGAUUUGUGUCAAGUCCCUGGUCUGCCGUUGCUUCAACUCACUGUACCCACCGCCUUCGAGCUUGAUGCAGCGCUGCGACACCUUGAGACACUCACACCUUCCAACGCGAGGGUUAUCAUAUUUGUUGAGCCGCCCAACCCACCAACGGAUCUUUUCUUUGUGAAGGGCGUGCCGUACUUUACGGAUAUCACGGAAAAACUUCUUCUUCAGCGCCGCCGUGGGGCAACAGAUGACAUAUUGCUCGGUGAAGGUGACGAUGAGCGUGUGGGAUCCUCUAAAAAAAUGACAUCUCUUCUUCAAAAGGCGCUUCUUUUGGACGUCAAGACCCUGCAGGAGGAGUUGGCCGAUUUAGCCACUCCCCUCUCACGAUUCUGCAUCGUUCAGUUACCAGAGGUCCAGAGUAACUUUUUGGAGGUGUUUGAUAUUAUUGAUAAAGCCUUUGGCGUGCGGAAGCACUACUGGAAUGUACGGACCACCGCUCCUGCAGAGGUUCCCUCUGCUCUUCUUGCGUCGUUUAACCCAAGGAUGUCUAACAUGACCUUUUCGAGAAUCAUCGCGGCCAUAUUACCCUUAUAUGAACAACUGCAGCGCCGCAAGAUUGCGGCCACGCUGGAGAGGAAUAAGGCACGUGUUCAGCAGCUGAACUAUAGCUACAUUACACAGUACUGGACAGAGGUGUUGCAGCGGCGGGACAAAAGGGAUCAAGAGCGAGCAAAGUUAAACGCAUUGUCCCCGCAAGGUAAAGCACCCAAUCAAGCAAUUUCUUCAAGGGCAAAGAGUUCACCGGGCAGAAAGAGGAGAAAGCAACCCAAUGCACUCUGUAUGUCACGCAACCAGAGGCGUGAAAAUGAAGAUGCCACGUUCCUUCGCGUAUCGCAGCGGCUGCAGUCUCAGGCGGCAACACGUAUUCAGGCACUUUACCGAGGCUACCGAUGUAGAAUAACAAUGGUCAAAUUGCGUUCACAACGAGAGAUGGUUCCCGAUACGGCAUGCUGGGUGGAGAAUAUACCAACCUCGCUACCAGUACUUCUUCAGCGGUGUUUGGAGCGUCUCAGCGUGUCACAUGGGGAGCUAUUUGGAAAUUAUGUAGUCUCAUGCCCACCUUCGCCGCGAUGUGUCACUAUUCUGAAGCCAUUACGCAGGGUGCUCAAAAAACAAGAGGAAGAUGAUGUGGAUAGUGAGACCGAAUCGUGGGAAGAGGAGACGGUCAUUUUGCCAUUAAAACGACAAACAAAACCCAUUCCACACUUCAAUGCCCUCCGACGUCUUAUGGAAUGCGAGCUUCUUGGCAGGUGCAAUACUAUUGACUAUGCCACUUCUAUCCAGCAGGACUGCAGCGGUCUCUCGGUGCUGCAAAGACAUGCGUACGACUGUUACAAAUCAUUGGUGCUAAAUCUGAUGCACAUUGCCUUUUUGGAAUUAUAUUACCGUGAAAGGUUACCUGCGGUUGUGGCGACGUUCCCCGAGUACAUGUACCGCUUCCACAGGGAAGUAUUUGGUUGGCUAUCGGCACCACAUCUCUUUUCCCGCAUGGCUCUUCGAGUCUUGGGCGGGGAUGCACCUCUGCUCCCUAUUCUCUGUGAGAGAAAAGUGAUGGAAACAGAACGCGUAUUACUCACGGGGGCUUCUAGAAGAGGAAGCGCUUUUGAGUUUUCAUCCCAAUGCCAAUCUGAAAAACAGGAAUUGCCCUCUCAAGAUGAUCAAAGUUCAGAAGAGAUGAGCCUGCCGGUCCUCUCGAUGGCGUUGGGAGGAUUUGCUAGUGAGUGGACUUGCCAGGGUGUGCACGCAACGCCGGCCUUCCCUACAGAGGUCGUAUGGGAAAUGACCUUACGUGAAGUAUCCCUCACCUCUCAAGAAGGUAAAGUUGCAUGGUGGAGCCUUCCGCCUUAUCCUGCCGUUUACCUCAACGGGGAGGCGUUGGUGCUGGUUCCGCGGCACGAGCUGCAGGAAGUGCAUGGUCGACCUCGGUUUGACGAUUAUGUCGUCCCCAUUGAGGAGGCGACAAAGGAGUCUCCGGUUCUUCCGCAAACCUUAUUUGACAACGCGGCGGUGGAAAAUUCACGUGCGGAACGUUCCCGAUGCGGCUACAGUGGAGUAAUUGAUGGUCUCUCCACAACCAAUUUUGAGGGAAAGUCUCCUGUAGAGGCCAUGACACGUGAAGAUCCACCCGUAUUGGAUGAGGUAUCGUGUUUUUCCACUUUUGGACUCUCACUUCGGGGGGAAGACUUCCAUCUGGCGCGCCUGAUUAACCGAGAGAGAAAACUUCACCCCUUGGGAAAUUUAAAGCUGUACUCAACAGUGAAUCUGGCAGGUCCAUACGGGAUCCCCAUGGCUCAUGCUAGCCAACAACCGUUCGUGUUGGCCCAACAAAGUGAUAUACGAAAGCUAGAUGAAUCUUUCUUGCAUGAAAGUAUUUACUUGGCUGGUGUAUCGAGCUCCAUAAGUCGAUCAAAUCGACGCUUUCGCUCGCGGCAACGUGGGUCGUGGUGCAAAACACUAGAAGCCGUCAAGAAAAAUUUUUUCUCCUCUGAGAAGCUUCAGGCCUCAUGGGAAACCUCCAAAUAUGCUCUAUCCAAAAGAAACUUUCUGGUCUCUCCAGAAGUUACCAGUAGGCCCCGCCGUGAAGCCCCGACAAACCCCAAUUCUUUAAUUGAGGCAGAGACUGUGGAUGUUAUGGCGCGCAGGCUGGCCCAGCGUGUGCUUAAGGGAGCGGAUUUUGUGCAUGAAAGACCCUGGAUUACACCUGUCUGCGGCCGGGCGUGGGUGUUGGUGUUUGAGCAGUUUGCCUCCAAAUGUUACUCUCAAAUGUGUGAAGGGUAUUCCAUCGUCAUUUCGAUGGGCGAUCCAUUUCAGGUGAUGCUCUUUAACGCUGUCUGUCUGCUAAAAUAUGCCAGGCAGUCAAAGGGGAGGAAUUCAGAGGAAGCCAUUGAAUCUUCGACGUUUGGCGCUUCUUCACAUGAUCAUGCGGCUUCGCCUUCUUUCUCCCUGCUGUCGGACGAAACGGCCUCAUGCCUCGCGUUCAUGGAUGGAUUCUACGAGUGCGUGAGUGGGCUCCUGAAGCAAAGCGAUGUCUCCGUCCCGGAGGUGGUGUAUGUGGUGCAUAAAAUUAUGCAUGAAAAUUCUCCGGGUGGCAUGAUUUUCUUGAAUGAAAUUCCUGCGCUCAUGAAGAGUGCAGAGCGGGAGACGGAUCCCCGCCUGUUGGUGGAUGGCAUACUUGCCAUUGUGCAGCGUAUUGAACUGUAUUGCUGGUUGGUUCUCUUCCAGGCAUUUUUGGCGUCACUUGCGGCAGAAGGUGUCGUUGACGAACGAGGCGAUGUGGUACUUUCUUCCUUCUCCGCGUUUGUUGAUGACACUGCCCUUAUGACAUGGAUGGAGCAAUUUGACCCAUGGAAAAACACCCCGGGGAAGUCUCCUGAUCCGUUUCACCUGCGCUACAGCAAUGGAUUGCGCCGCUGGGAUGAUCGCAACUACAUCUUCUCUGGUGCUCUUUGA